UCUGCAUUGUUUCUCUCAAUCCACUUCCGAGCCAAGAUGACAACACUGCGGCCGUUCACCUGCGACGAUCUGUUCAAAUUCAACAACAUAAAUCUAGAUCCUCUGACAGAAACUUAUGGGAUCCCAUUCUACCUGCAGUACCUGGCUCACUGGCCCGAGUACUUCAUCGUGGCUGAGGCUCCUGGAGGAGAGCUGAUGGGCUACAUCAUGGGCAAGGCGGAGGGAUCCGUGGCCCGUGAGGAGUGGCACGGCCACGUCACCGCUCUGUCCGUGGCCCCGGAGUUCAGACGCCUCGGCCUCGCCGCCAAACUCAUGGAGAUGCUGGAGGAAAUCUCAGAGAGGAAGGGGGGAUUCUUCGUGGAUCUGUUCGUGCGCGUGUCCAACCAGGUGGCGGUGAACAUGUACAAGCGUCUGGGCUACAGCGUCUACAGGACGGUCAUCGAGUAUUACUCGGCCAGCAACGGGGAGCCCGACGAAGACGCUUACGACAUGAGGAAAGCUCUGUCCCGAGACACGGAGAAGAAGUCCAUCAUCCCGCUGCCUCACCCCGUCAGACCAGAGGACAUCGAAUAACAGUAGACCGUGGCUCUCUGCUGCGGCACGCCGCCGUCUCGAGAUCGGCGGCACUGUAAAUAGUUUCACUCGCCGCACAGACUGAUGACUGUGGAGCUCAAGCAGGAGCAGAAUGACUGUAAACGUUUCUAUAGAUGAAUAUUGAGAAGUUACAUUCAUCUUGUAAGGACCAGUAAAUGUCUCUCCUGGGUUUUCUUUGCCCUCAGUAUAAUUUACAGGCUCACUUUACUCAGCCUUGGUGCUGUAUUGUAUUUGAAAUGACUGAACGAACCACAGUACUACUUUGGAUAUGAAGGCUAUAAAAUAUCAGAGGUGUUCAACUCUUUUUAGUUCAGUUUCCUCUUAGAACCAGGUUUACAAAUAUAUAACUAUUUAUUUUGAAUCUAUAUAAAGUGAAAGAUUGAGGAAACUAGAAAACCCAUUUCAGUUCAGAUGCCACAUGCAGCCGAAUUUCAAUUUAGCGCAAAGUGAGGCUCAUUUUCAGAGCUUGUCUAAUGAGAAGGAGCCUGUGAGUCAGCGCUGAGGGCAGAAAAAACCCGCUAGACUUCUACACGUCGUUCUGUUCCUACAUCGGCCCCAGAGCGUCUCCACUCCUCAGAGAGCCACUGGCUGUACAAAUGGUUUGAUCACCUGUAAACUACUCCAUGAACAUUUGCUUAAAAACAACACGAAAACCAGAGCGUGGA